AAAGACUUGUCUAGCAUUGUUUUGAGGUGUGGAAUCAUGUGGAGUCAUGUGAAGUCAUUGUUAUUUUGUAUUUGUCUAGAGGCGAUUGGGAGGAACCUUUGUAAGAGAAACUUUGUAGUGUGAGAGAUACACUGGUAAACACUUUAGUUAUAAUAACUGACUAUCCACCCAUAGAUGUAGGAGAAUUUCUUCUCUCUAAACCACGUAAAUCUUUGUGUUUUUUGGUUUAAUUUCUGCUUGUGGGUGUGUGAGUGCGAUCAAUUUUGCUUCCGCAUUUGGGCUACAACAAUUGGGUAUCAGAGCUCUUUGGUUGUGCCAUUUGAGCACAACAAGUGGUAUCAGAGCUUUUGAAGGUUGUGGCAUUACGGCGCACAACAAGUGGUAUCAGAGCAUUUUGAUUGUGACAUAUUCCACUACAACAAUUGGGUAUGGAAGCAUUUUUUGUUUUGGCAUUUUGCUCAACAAGGGUAAGUUAAUUGACCAUGACUUUCAGUACAAUCUGAGUCAGACUGGGAUUCCCGAGUGAGUAAAUGCUUUUUGUCCAUCGAAAUGAUAAUAAGAUUGGGUUAUAUCUUUUGAGCCCCUCCCACCUUCUAAUCCUUCAUUACUAUGUUCAGAAUCUGUGAAGUUUUAUAUAAGAGCAGGAGUUUCUGUGAUGCAUGAGUGAAAAUGGGCAUAGAUUUUGUUUGUUCUUUGUAGUUUAACCAGUCCUUGAGAUUAUUUGAUACGUAUGAAACUGAAGUGAUAUAUUUUAUCUGUGGCUUAUAAAUAGUUCAUGAGAAUUCAUAAUGGGUUACUCGGUGAAAUUGAAUAUCAAGGAAUCGACCUGCUAUAUUUUGCAUCCCAUUCUCAAGGACUAGAGAAGCACAACAUCAGGGAUAUGUUCCUGUAGGUCAAUAAUAUCGACUCUGUUCCCCUUUCACUUUUCUGUUCGUGCAGCAUCAAGGGAGAAGAGAGCUGAUGGUGGAAGUAUGGUGGUCGCUCUUGGGGGCAGCUAUUCCAGCAGUAGUUGCAGGGCAAGCAUACAUAAUGAGAAGAAGGCAUUCCGAGGAACAAAAAAUAAAGACCGCCAGGGGAAGGGAGAAGAAUCCAGAUGACAUUUUUGUCUGUGAGAGGGUGUGCACAUCAAAGCGAAUGUUGAAAAAGGUAGGCUCUUUCUCAAAAGACCCAAUUCCCGACACUUGCGUGACUGUGUGUGGAGUAUCCGAGCUUGAUGCCUGCACGGAUGCCUGUGCUCGCACUGUUUGUGUGAAUCAACAUCAAGUGCCAAACUGGAAUGACAUUUGUCUUAGGAAAUGCCAGAGUGAAUGUCUUAAGCUUUCGGCUUCACAUUCAUCUUAGUGAAAUGAUAUGAUGUGUAAAUGCUGCAAUUUUUCGAUGCAUACCGUGAAUUGCAUUUUUGGAACUUUUGGUUUUCUGGAGAUGAUGUGAAAUGUUUUUCUCAAUUUAUUUACUCAGGUUUUUCUUGUUA